GUUCCCAAAGGCAUUGUGGAGAGUGUACUUUCACUGAAAUGCCCAGGAGUGCCUCCCAUUCACAGCUGUCAGAAUGGCCCAGCUGGACUGACUGUGCAAUUGAAUAGACCAACUGUCUUUGAGCAGAUUCUGACAACUCUUCCCAUAUAUACAAAGCCUCCUUUGACAUCCCAGGGACACUGCAUUAUCCUUAACUGCGUGCCCCUGCAUGGGCAGAAGGACCUGAAGUCUCUCAGUCUAGGUCAUCUGAGGGCCAUCCUAGUCACUGAUCACUUGGCGGGCCUGCUCCAAGCUCAAGGAAUAGACGUGCAGCUGGUUCCCGCUUCGGUCAAUGAGGAAAUCCAUCAGUUCUUCCAUCAGGCAGACCAGGAUGAAAUUGUAUGUAAACUACACUUGAAAGAGUUCCUGGAGCAGCAGGAGGGACUGGAAGGCUAUGACCCCAACCUGGAUGUCUUUCUUGUAACAGAAGAGAAAUUGCACCAUGUGGCUGAGCUCCAGCGUGUGGCCAAGCAGUGCUCAGAGGCUGCACCAGGGGUUUGCUGCAGUAUUGUGCAUAUUGUGAACAAUGAGGAGGCAUUCCAGCAGCAGAAGGUGGAUCUACUAUGGAAAUUGGUAACGCAACCACAAGCCUUCACAGCUCUCCAGAAACACCUUGUCUGUGGGCCUGUGAAAAUUACCUGCCCUGCUUCUUGCAUGAAUGCUUUUCAGUACUACCAACUACGACACUCCCAGAUGUAUGAAGCUUCAGUGCUGAAAUAUGGAGACCUCUCUAAAGAUGACACAUGGACUGAAGUAAUCAGCGUAUUGACAUCAGCUGCUAUCCGAUUUGAGAUGCUGAGUACAGUUCAUCAGAAUCAGGUUUUCUUGGAUGUGGAAGAAAGCAGCACCUCUCUGAAGGGAACCAAAAGUGGAGCCUUUGUGAUGUACAAUUGUGCUCGACUUGCCACACUGUUUGAAACAUACCAAAGAUCAGUAGAACAAGGUCUGUAUCCAGUCUUUCCCCAGCCUUCUGAACUGAACUACUCCUCUCUCAGGGAAGAGGGGGAGUGGCUCUUGUUAUUCAACAGCAUCCUCCCUUUCCAGGAGGUCUUGGCCCAAGUAACACAGCUCCUGCUCCCCAGCGGUGGGCUCAGAAUAAGAGUCGGCACUGAAGCGAUUUGCAAGUUCCUGAUCCAACUAAGCAUGGAUUUCAGUUCCUACUACAACCGAGUGCACAUUCUGGGGGAACCACGUCCCCAUUUAUUCAGCCAGAUGUUUGCCCGGCUGCAGCUGAUGAGAGCUGUGAGGGAAGUGCUCCAUAGUGCUCUGGGCACCCUCCACCUAACUCCUCUUAAUCAGAUCUGAUCAGAUUGGUCUCAUACCUGUGCUUGGGAUUUGCAUCAGCCUCCUGUGAUAAAAAGGAAUGGGGAACUCAUUCAUAUGAGGGAGAAUGGAGAGCGGGAUGCUAUGCUGUACUGAGUAAUUGACAGCUACCAAGUAUAUCCUUGCAGAAUACAGUUCAUGUUUUGGUACUGGAAUGAAUUGCCCUGAAUUGAUGAAAAGAGGACACAUACAUUUCUUCUGAAAUUAUUCUGAAGUUCUUGGAGCUAAUGAAUUCUAGUCACGGAACAGAGAAAGAGGCAAGUAUUUUGUAUUACUAAUUGCCUUGUUUCUGAAGCUUGUUUCGGAUCGGAGUGGAUGUAAAAAAUAGCAAGAAUUCUUGAGCCAAAUGAAUAUAAAGCUGGUGGAUGCAAAUGACCAUUUACUAUAUGUUUUUAAAUUCUGUUCUAAAAUUGGUAACAUUUAUUUUCGUACAGUAAAAACUGACACCAGCAGGCAGUAGCAGUGUGUAAAUAAAAUAAUGCAGAUACAGA